AAGAACGUUCUACACUACAGAGGGACAAGCUUGUUUUCUCUUAUUAAUUAUUUCCCACACUAAAAUCACUUCAAAGAAACAAGCUUCUCCCAAUUUCUCAAUUUUGAUUUCAUUUUAAUCACCAAUGGCUCGCUCUUUCGCUAACGCCAAUGUUCUCUCUGCCCUUGUCACCGAGGGAUUCUCCAACAUCCUUACAAGGCGUGGGUAUGCGGCAGCAACACACAGCGUGACGAGGGGAGGAGCCUCCUCCAUCAGCGGCAAAAUAGCCUCAAAGAAAGGGGAAGAGAAGGUGGUAGCUGGUGAAAAGGUGUCGUGGGUCCCAGAUCCUGUCACUGGUUACUACAAACCCGAGAACACCAUUGAGAUUGAUGUUGCUGAGCUGCGAGCUACGGUUUUGGGCAAAAAAUUCAACCAUUAAUUUAUAUCACUUUGAUUAACAUGUCUCUCAUGAGGUUCAACAAGAGCCAUCGUCUGUUGUUUUUGUACUUCUCUCUUGAGAGACGAGACAAACAUGACCAUGUUCAUGUCUAUUGGUGUGAUUGAAAAUUCGAGAUUAAAGUAUAUUUGGGAUAUA